ACGCUCCUCGCGGCUGUCUCUCUCGGUCCGUUGGUCCAUCCUGGUUCCCAUUGUCUCCCGUUUUCACUCCUUCAAGACAACACCGAGACGACAAACUAAACUUAGCCGUUUUUCCUCUCAUACCACCUCGUGUACGUUACGUUUGGAGACUUAAGUCAACCUGAAAUCUCACCCUGUCCCUCUCCAUCCGAAAUGUGGACAUGCUUUUCUGUCUUUUUGGCGUUGUAGAGAUGUUUUCGCUGUAACGGAGGAGGCAGUGAAUUAACCGAUUAGCGGCUGACAAAACGGCGGUUGUGUUGUGGAGCUGCCUGGGAGAUGCACCGGAGGAGGACUUGUUAGCCGAAAUCAUCUUCCACAGUCUGGAGACAUAUCCCAACAUCCUAGCAACAAUUUAAACCACCGUUUUCUGAGUGGAUAAAGCACACAAUUCUGGGGGGGAAAAGCAAAAAUACCGGAUUACAACCGCGGUUUUGGAGAUAAACAACCCAAAAACGCCGUGUUUUUGUUACGGUGUGAAUGAAAGGAUGUUGCCGCGACAUGCCCGGUACUUCCCCUGAGAGGAGAGGAGCUGGUCUAUGAGAGGAGGCAGGGACUACUUUCACUUGUUUUCUCCACCCUGGAACAAAUUAGGUUGUUUCAAUCAACCAAAUCCGAGUGUCGCUUAAUCGGAUUAUUAAACAAAAGAGCAUUUCAAUCUGGGCAAUAUAACCAUCUAAUCUCACAAUCUUUCCCUGAUUUCACAGUAAGUGGCUACUGUACGGUACCAUGCUAUUUCUGUGACAAGGAUGCGACUAAUCGACGUGACUGUAGACUUUCUCGUCCAGUAGGUGAUGACUGGACAAGUAGGAGAGUCACUGCAACCUUUGUUUCUGUAGUUUUGAUCGUGUCAAGAUCACACAUUAUCAGAAAUCUGUCUUAAUUCUGACUAAUCAGUCAAAAUACACCACACCACCUGCCUUCAGUUGGACAGGCUUGGAAAGGCUUUUCCUACAUAAUUGGCUCCGGAACACAUCAAGAACAAUUUGUGGACUUCAAUCAUCCCCAAGGCCCACCUUUCCAUCUUUUGAUCACUGACCUUAUGUGUGUUGGAAAUCCAGGGGACCACGUUUCAGGCUGUUUAAGUGUCAGCAACCCAGCCAUUUGAAUGAAGUAGUAGCCUUUUUAUUCCCCUGAGCUCCAGCGAGUACAGGGGCUGCACUUUGUUCGCUGAGGCCGAGCAGCAGGAUCCUCUACCUGGGCUGCCAGCCAGCCAGACGGUCCCUCCGGGGGCUUUUUGGAUUUUGAAGGUCCAGCUGGAGGAUUUGGGAGUUUUACCCAGAGUUUCUUCUCCACCUGGAUCACAGGAGAGAAAGGGAGGAGGACACCAUGGGGUGCUGUAGUGGCAGGUGCACCUUGGCCUUCAUCUGUGGCAUGCAGCUGGUCAGUGUGUUGGAGCGUCAGGUGAUAGAUUUCCUGGGAUACCAGUGGGCUCCGAUCCUGAUCAACUUCCUCCACAUCAUCAUCGUCAUCCUGGGCCUGUUUGGCACGAUCCAGUUCAGGCCGAGAUAUGUCACCGGAUACGCAGCCUGGCUGGUCGUGUGGAUGACCUGGAAUGUUUUCAUCAUCUGUUUCUACCUGGAGGUUGGAGAUCUGUCCAGAGACUCUGACCUUGUCCUGACGUUCAACCUGUCCAUGCAUCGCUCCUGGUGGAUGGAGAACGGCCCGGGGUGCAGGGUGACACCCAUCACCCCGCCUCCUUCCUGGGCACCCGAGGACCACCGAUAUAUAUCUAUAUCCGGCUGUCUGAUGGAUUUCCAGUUCAUAGAGGUGGCUCACUCCUCGCUGCAGAUACUCCUGGCUUUGAUGGGGUUUAUCUAUGCCUGCUAUGUGGUCAAACUCAUUUCAGAAGAAGAGGAUAGCUUUGAUUUUAUAGGAGGGUUCGACUCAUAUGGUUACCAGGGGCCUCAGAAGACCUCCCACCUUCAGCUACAGCCCAUGUACAUGUCAAAGUAAACCCAGCUACUCCAGGAGCGCUGCCUUACCAACCACCGCUGCUCAACUUUUACUAUCCGACUGUCUUUAAUAAACAACAACCAAGACACAGAGAAGUGGACAGGAUGCAGAAGACACUAAGAUAUUCUCCGUAUCUCCCUCUACACCCAACCCCCCCACCCCCCUACCUGUACUCGGUCUUAUUGCUUCCCUGGACUGCCUGUCUGCUGUUUUUAAUGGAGUUAUCUCUGUUCCUGAUGAAACACUGGCCUCAUGUGGUCGAACACGGUAACUGCAGGACAUGUGUGAAACACCAGUACAGGCAGCUCCAGUAACAACUGCAGUUUUGUGUGCGUGUGUGUUUGUGUGUGUCUGCGUGCUUGUGUGUGCGUGUGUGUGUGUGUGUGUGUGUGUGUGUGUGUCAGAGGGACGCGAUCAGGAGCCAAUGACUUACAUCCUCUUGUGAUGUUGGAUAUCUGCAUUGUGAAAGAAACCCAAAGUGUUUCUUCAGGCUUCCAAGGAGAACUCAUGAUGUUAACACGCAGCACUGUUUCUUCAAGCUGCUGCAGACAAGUGCAGAUAUGCCUGACCAAAGAGUAAAAAAAAAAAAACACUAAAAAAACAGCGACACGUGCUUGUGUAUACAAUAGAGCCUGUUAAACCAUCUCUGGAACUGUUUGCUCUUUGUGCCUGACACACCAUGCUGACCAAGCAUCCAUUAACAAGACGGCCGAUAUAGGAAUGUCAGACAUCAUUUAUUUUUUUUCUACGGUUACUUUUUGGUGCAAUGUGGAAGCUCGUUACAAGUCAAGACUCAAGCACGAGCGCACGCCACACACUUUAUUCUGCAGUUUCAUCAGAAUGUCAAACGACAAGUGCAACGCGUAGAUCUACAUACUUUCAGUCCAUAUGUGCAUGUGUACAGGAAACAUUCACAUACACAGGCAUUAAGUUAUGCAUAUGUGAAUUCACACAUGCAUGCACACACACACACACACACACACACACACACACACACACACACACACAUAACAGAUGUAUUAACGUUUUUACUACUAAUGUGAAUCUUAACAAUGUUUACAAUAGAAAUUCAGUCUGCCGGACAGGAAGACAGAAAGGAGACUUUCUAGCUCUAGCAUCUCAAAUGUGUUUUCUGCCACAUUUAACAGACGGGACAGAUGUUCCAGAUGUGUCCUUUGGUCUCAUGCUGUCUAAAUAUUUGUCUUCCGUCCAAGACAGACUGGUAGAGGUAGAUAAAGACAGAACAUGACAGAGAAAACAACCCCAGAAGAGGGAUUGAGGUCAAGCAACAGUUUCCCUUCCACCUCCAGCUCUCAAUGACAAGCUUCCCUCAUCACUUCUCCAUCUCUUUCAGCAGGCAAGUCUUUCCCUUUUUCUGAAUAAUAAAAAAAAGCCGGAGGCCAGAUCAAGUGCCCAAUCAGCUGAAUCGGAAGCAUCUCGCUCUUCCUUAUAACAGAAAUAGUUCAAAAUCUUCCACAGGCAACGCUUACAGGAGAAAACACACCUUUUACAGGAAUGACAAUCACAGUCAGGGUGGCCUGGAUCUUAUCAUGGAUUGGAUUGCAUUAAAAAUAAGACAAAAGUAGAAAAAUGGCCGUCAUCGCAUCUAAAUUAGAUGAUUUGAUUAAUAUAUUAUUGUUUUGAUAUGUUAUAUUUCCAAACUACUGGUGGAUGACAGAGAUUGGUGAAAGAAGGAAAAAACAAAAGGCCAAAUCUCCGAUGACACUGCACACGUUCGCCCUCGCCUGCAGAAUAACAAGGACAACAAUCGUACCAGAGAAAUGCCAGUCACAGCAGCUCCCUCUCUUCACCUCACCACUCAAAUUUUAAUGUUGAAAGUGCCAACCAUAUCACCACAUGGACAUCUGCAGAGCCUGCUUUCUGAAAGCCACAGACAAGGACCAGAAAUAAUGGGUCUCAGGUUCACUUUUCUUGGGUUCCAAAGCAAGAAAAGAACAGGAUAUCACAAAUCAAAAAAAUCCACAUUAGCAUUCCAGGCGGCCAGCAGGUUUUCUCUUUUAUUCUUCUCAGAAAAAUCCAACUGAUUCUUAAUGGAAACGUAACUAAGCACGUUGCAUUUGUGUUGCAAUCACUGGACCAAAAGUUUGAGGCCUUCUCCGUCAAUCAAGGAACAUUUCUGGGUGGAAACACUGACCUAACGAUGGACUAUCCCGCUCCACAAACUACAAAGUCCACCCCCCCCCCCCUCUGCCAGUAAUUAUCAGCAGUUCAUGUUUUGUAACAAAAACUCUGUGGGUUACGUUCAGAGUCGCUGCCCCGCGAGGCUCCACCGACGUUCACUCCGGAGGACAGAAACAACAUUUUAUGUGUUUGCAUGAGGUGUUUCCAAACUGUUGCGUAUUUAAUCUCAUGCUGCGUGUGACUAACUAGCUUCUUAAGAUGGGAACUGUUUGGUUUGUUGAAUGCUCCUCAACUCUCUUCAAAGAGUCCUAAAUGUGAACUUUGUGAUUUUUCUAUAAAUAACACAGUCUGAGUAAAGGAGAUAAAAUAGCUACUACAAUGUAAAACGACGAAAUGUAACUUUGAACUUCUAGACGUUUUUUAAUCACAUGUGGCCGUGUUUACUGUUUUUUCUAGUUGACUACUAAUGUAUGAUGUUGUGUACAA